AACCUGCAGGAUUUCUGCGCGUCGUUUCGCUUGAAGCAUUUUAAUUCUCAUAUCCGGUCCUGCCACCAUGGCCUCAAAGCAAAUCAUCCAUUGAGUGCAUAAUGAUAUGAAGAUGACUAUGAAAUACACAUUUUAUGGUAUUGUACCCCUGCUAUAAGAUCGUAACCUGCGGUUUCAUUGCCAGAUUUCAAAAUUUUGAUGGCAACUGUACCACCCGAGUCGCAUCCAUGGUGGCCCUCAAUUUUUAGCACGGCCUACUCGAUCGAUAAGCUACGCCUAGUUCUUGAGGGUGGGGCCAAUGGAAGAGGGUAGAAGUGUUCUGGUCAAGGCAAUAUCGAUAAUAUCCGUACAUAAACCACGAGUCCCCUCUCUAUGGUGCAUGAACAAAAUUGGCAGCCUCCGUCCGAAAUAGCAGUGACGAAAAUGGAUGAAAGUGGAUGCAUCAGCCAGCCUCCGAGCUAUAAAAAAUACGACUGGAUGGCGGCGGAAACCUUCUGGGAGACAAGAGAGACUUGGUCGUUCUUCCGGAAAAUUCAAGAGGCCUUUCGAUUAGAUAAGGCCUUCUUGACGUCACAUCACUGGCUCACGUCGCCCCAAGAUUUGCAAUACCGCAAACACGUCUUCUCCGAGGCGGUACACGAAGUGAGGAGCAUUCCGUCGACAUGUCAAAAGUAGUAAAGUCACGGCCGAGAUAAUCAAUACAAGGAAGGCAACUGUCUAUGGAUCUUAUGCUCACGCCAUGAAUGAAGUCGAAAUAUGGACGGGUAAGCCAUUUGAACGCUGUGAAUUCCGGUCAUCAAGGGCUCCGUGUCCAACAAUUUAUUCAUAUCAGCCAAUGCAUUAUUGUUGCCGGGGAAUGGAAAGAGGGCGUGCAACAAAACUAACGCUAAGACACAUCUACCUUAUCCAGCUUAAGCUUCUAUCUUUUAGCUAACUAUAUGCACUACUUAAGGUUACAGAGUUUCUCAUUUCAAAAGCUGUCGCGCUCUCGUCGUCCGAGUAAUGUACCUGAGCCCCACCCCCAACCUCGCGGGCGUUCUGUUUAUGUGGGGUCGGAGCUUGACCGCAACGUGGGAGAACAAUGGCCCCAUCUUUUGGCGGUGGACUUUCUGGGGCAGUUGUUCACGAUGACAUAUGAAUUUGGAUGAAUAUUGAUUGCUCUAGCCCAUCGCCUUGUUCUCACGCCAUCUUGAACCAGAGCACUUUGAAAAGAUGUCGAUGUUUUUGCGCCUGGCACGGCUCCCCCAAGCGACGACCGGUCGACCGAUCGUUGCCAUUGCCUCCACCAAUGGACGGAGGUCGAUUGGCUCCGUGAGCGCAAUUGACUCGAGUAUCUUCCGCACACUAUUUGGUACCGAAGAAAUCCGCAAGGUCUUCGAUGAUGAAGCAUACAUUCGUCGUUGUAUAGAUGCCGAAGCCGCGCUUGCUCGGGCCCAAUCCAUGUGUGGUGUCAUCCCCAAAGAUAUCGGGCCUCGCAUUACCCAAAAACUGGAAGAGUCCAAUCUGGACUUUGAGCGGUUACGGCACGAAACUGAGAUCGUCGGCUACCCCAUCCUGCCUCUCGUCCGCCAGCUGUCGGCUAUCUGCGGCGAUGAGGCGGGGAAGUACGUUCACUGGGGAGCUACUACACAAGAUAUCAUGGACAUAGCGAGCGUUCUGCAAAUGAAGCAGGGAUUGGACAUUGUCGAGCGGCUUCUGAAGGAUGUCAUUAAAACCCUGCGGGAACUCUCGGAGAAAUACAAAGAUACUCCUAUGGCUGGGCGCACGCAUCUGCAACACGCGUUGCCCGUGACCUUUGGCUACAAGUGCGCUGUUUGGCUAUCUGGCUUCCAGCGCCAUGCUGAACGAUUAGAGCAGCUCCGCAAGAGAGCUUUGCUUGUACAGUUCGGCGGUGCUGCUGGUACACUUUCGUCUUUGGGAUCUGGUGAUGAUGGAGUCCGUGUACGUAAGGCUCUGGCAGAAGAGCUUGGGCUGAAUGAUCCCUCUAUUACAUGGCAUGUCGCCCGUGAUGGUAUUGCUGAGGCUGUCAACCUCCUGGCUCUCAUUGGUGGUACCAUGGGCAAGGUGGCUCUAGAUAUCAUGAUUAUGUCCUCAAAUGAGCUCAGCGAAGUUGCAGAGCCGUUCGUCCCUCAUCGCGGGGCAUCUUCCACCAUGCCUCAAAAACGCAACCCCAUAUCCAGCGAGGUGAUACUGGCUGCAUCCAAGAUCCUCCGGUCCAAUGCAGGUCUUGUUCUCGACGGUAUGGUCGCUGACUUUGAGCGCGCUUCUGGUCCCUGGCACUUGGAAUGGGUAGCUGUUCCCGAGAGCUUUGUGAUUGCUGUUGGCGCACUUUCACAGACUCAAUUCGCGCUGUCCGGGCUCUCGGUCCACACCAAGCAGAUGCUGGAGAAUCUCCACUCGACUAAGGGAUUGAUUGUGGGAGAGGCUGUGAUGAUGGGUCUAGCUCCCCACGUCGGCCGUCAGCGAGCCCAUGAUAUUGUUUACGAAGCAUGCCGCGAAAGUAUUGAGAAUGAUCGGACGCUUCUCGAGUCUCUUCUGGAGAAGGAUGAGGUCACCAGCAAGAUGAGCCAACAGCGUCUGGCGGAGCUAUGUGACCCUGUGAAUUAUCUGGGCUCAUCAGCAAGGAUGAUAGAUGAUGUCUUGGCCAUCAACUAA